AUGGUAUUACGUACACUGAGUAUUGUUGAUUAUGUUAUUCUUAUAUCAUUACUUCUAUCAUCAGCCGUAAUUGGUGCUCUAUUUGGAUUUGUUAAAUCAAAAAAAAGUUCAGCAAAAGAAUUUCUUUUAGCUGAUGGUGGGAUGGGAGUAAGU